AUGGAACCCGCAACCGGCUAUCCUCCUCCUCCUCCAACCAGCACCUCAUACCCCUACCAACCUCCGCCGCAGCAGCCUUCCAAUCCCUAUUACUACAACCCUAGCAACGGCCAGGGCCCCGUCUACACCCCGGCCCGGCCCAUCCUCUACCGCCGAUUAAUCACAAUCUUCAUCGCCGUCACCGUCGUCUUCUUCGCCGCGCUCUUCAUCAGCUGGAUCCUGAUCCGCCCCCGCAUCCCCGAGUUCCGCCUCACCUCCUUCACCCUCUCCGGAUUCAAUUCCUCCAGCCACCAGCUCUCCGGCACCUGGGCCGCGCGACUCGAGGUCUACAACCCGAACAAGAAGAUGGACAUCGAGAAUCUGACGGCGAUGGAGACGCGGUUCUCGAUCGUCAACACUUUCGUCGAUCAGUCGGUGACCGACGCGGUCGACGAGGAGAGGAGGAAGCACGGCUCCGUGGGUUUCGAUUUGGAGGUGGCGGCUGGUGUAGGGUUUAAGGUUGGCGAGCUGAGGGCCAGGCGGCGUCUGCUUAAGGUGAGCUGCGACGAUCUCGAUGUGCGUCUCGACGGCAAUGGUGGUGGCUCGGGGAACUUGACCGGAGUUCCCAAGCGCUGCGACGUUUACUCUUAA